UAACACAGCUUUUCAACUGGAGCAAGCUCUCUCUAAACUCUACACAGCGCAGAAGGAAGCAUAACCGCAUCCCAUGGUGCCAGACGUCUGCAUCUUGUCUCCAGUGAGGGAAAAAGAGCUUCAAUGUUUCUGACUCAGGAGUGGGGGAUUCUCUUCUGUCCUUUCCAAGCCAGAUGACCCUCUUGGUACCUUCCCUCAUUCAGUGUCCGACCAAGGUGAAGUGUCUGAGUGUCAUAAUAUUUCUGAGUUUCUCACUGGCCAUGGGUGAGAUCCCUGGCCCAUGCAGACACUCAAUCACUAAGGAGCACAUGCUGACCCUCAAUCACUUGAUAGAUAACCAGCUGAGAAGUGGAUGUUGGAUAACCUACACUUUCACUGAUCAAAGAACUUUGAGUAAAUGCUGCUAUGUUAAGGCUGCGUUACCAUGGAUCCUGGACCUCCUGACUGCCCACUUCCAGUACAACAGAGGCUCCGACAACGACAGAUAUGUCCAGUUGCUAAAAUCUCUCAUCCACAACAUCUAUUCUCAGAAAUGUGUUCCACAGAUCAAUGAGGAGCUGGAGGACGACCCAGUCAGCUUUGAGGUGACUUUCAGAGAGUCCCCAUCAGAAGCACUGGCCAGAGUCCAGGAGAUCCUGUCUGUGUACUGGGAGCUGGUAACCACCAGUCACACACCAGUGGACUGGAACUGCCAGAGGGAGUACGCAGAGAGCUCAGGACUUGCUACGCACCUAUACACAUCACCAACUGAGCUCAGCACACAACUCUCCUCAACAACUGUCAGAUCUGAUAAGAAUUCAAAGACAGCCUCCCAGACUGGUUCAGAGAGCAACAUGUACAAGUUUGGCUUCAUAGUGGUGUCUCUCAGCGGAGGAGGGCUGCUUGUGCUUAUUCUCUGCAUAAUCACACAGCGGAAAUACUUUAGUAGGAUUAACACAUCGCACUCAAUAUUCACUUCAAGCCUGCCUGCCUGCUUGCCUGCCCACUUUCUUGCCUGCCUGCCUGCCUGCCUUUUCGGAAGCAACGUAAUUGAGAUGACUGCUCAGACCGGAAGAGAUAUGUGAACAAUGAAUAUCUUCAUAUGCAAUCUUUUUUGGUAAAAUGUUAUGUGAAUGUCUGUUGGUUGGUUAUCCAUAUGAAAUAAAUAUAAUUAAAACGCUGACAAGGAACAUUAUCUUUUAUUUUGACAAUCUACUGUUGUUUAUUGUUUAAACACAGCACUGGUCUCAUCAGAAUUUAUUUGUAUUUUUAUUAUGUCUAUUGUGAAAACUCUAUAGUUAUCUGUUUAGUUUACUCCCUAAUCUGUUGUUGCGGAGGCCUUGACAGAAGAAGUAUUUUGCACCACAUAAUGCAUACGUUCACCAGGCAUAUUUGAAACAGAUCUGUGAUCUUUAACAUGUCAUCAGAGGCAUGUCAUCAUCCUAUAAAUCCACUGUCUGGAACAUAUGGAUUUAAUCCAUGUUUUUUUUAAAGAUAUAUAUUUUUGGUGGCUUUAUUAUGUAUUUCUGACAGGGAUAGUAUGUUUGGAGAGGACAAGAAAUGUAGAGAGAGAGAGAGAUGACAUGGUAAAGGGCUUGGGCCAGACUCAAACCCAGGCUGCCGCGGAGAAGCCUCAGUCUACAUGGUGUGCGCAUUAGUCCAGUAAUUGGAUUUAUCACAAAUCUAGUCCGU